AUGUUCUCAACACCCUCACUCGAGUACUUUUAUCCAACUUUUUCCUCGCCUGAUGAGAAAGUGGAACAACAAGACAAGUCUCACAGUACAAUCGGAAGUCUCUUCCAAGACAUGAAUCUUCGGGAUGGUCCUCCUACCACCUCUUCUCCAUCAGCAUCGUCUUCUACAACAGAAUUGAAAUGGAAUCCAAUUUCGUUAAUGCCUCCAACCACCACGAUUAAUUUCUUAUCAAAGCCUCGAAAUGUUGUUCAUGGCGAUACUUAUUUAAAAGUUGUGGGACGUGGCGACACGAGAAGGGAAUUAUCUUUUGAUGAAUGGAGAUUGGUGGCAAGUUUUGUUACAAAAUUUGUGGCAUUCAAGUCGUUGGCCAAUGUUAAUAGAACGAGUCGACUUGCAGUGUUGUCUUGUCAUUUUGUUCAAGAUUGGAAAUGUGUCGAGUCAUUUGUGUUGAAGUGGAUGAAGAGAGCUAAAGCAGCAGGUCAUUCUGAUCAGUGUCGAGGUGAAAAUUCACUGCUUCCCAAUGAGAGAUUGCAUGACAUGUUGUAUUUGUUGCACGAUCUCAACUUGUUUGAUUUGAAUCAAUUUGUUCAUCCCAUGGAGAAGAAUAUUCAUUAUUCACAUGAAGACUCUCUUGUUCCAAUUCCCAAUUACUACUCGAUGAAAUGUGUUCAAUGUGCUUGUGAAUUGGGAUUCUAUGCAUUGAUUGAUCAGCUUAUUGAAAAGCCAUUUCUGUUACCAUCAAUAAUGAAACCUUCUGAAAGAAAUCUUUGUUUAAAGUUAGCAUUUAGUAACAACAAUGACGAAACAGCUAAGCGAAUUGUCAAGCUUUAUAUUCGCAGAAUUUUCGAGGAUACUCCAUACAAUAAUCUUUUACAGAUUUCAGAUCAUUCCUUGCACACCAUUCUUGUUAUGUGCGCUGACUCACAAACAUCUGGAAUUAUAGUGAUAAUGUACUCCUUCCUUCAACAAGAGUUUGCAAAAACGCUCAAGGACCAAGAAGCCAAUGAUAUUUUAAGCGAAUCUAUUAAUACGUUCUUUAUUGAGGGCCAAUACUAUUCCAAGUUGCUCAACAAGAAGGAUUUUGAAAGUGCGUUGUUCGUACUUCAGAAAUAUCUGGCCUUGAAUUGUAAGAAUAACCGAACAUCAUCACACGGAAACGAAUUACAACCAACAUCCCUAUCCGUGUUAGGAAAAUCCUUAAAGGGAGCUUUGGCUUAUAGUCGUGACGUAGAAUUUAUGUUAUGGCUAUUCAAUACUUUAUUUACUGAGCUUACUCCAUACAUUGAAAAUCCCAACUCAAUCAUUUCAGAUAUUGCACAAGAAUGCAUGUUAUCAGCAAAUACUAAAAUGUAUUGUGAAUACAUUCAAAAAUACGAGAAAAGAGAUGUCAACAAGGAUAAAAUAUUGGUCGAACAUUCCUUGGCCUCACUAAAUUCAACGUUUACCGUUGAAUUAUUUUCGCUCAUUAGACCAUCAUUUAAUGCCUUCCAACAGGCAUUACUGCGAACAUAUGACAAAGCAGACAUGUUGUUUGGGAUAUUUGAACCUUGGCUAAGCGAAAAUUAUCCUGAAGAACUUGCUGACUUUUUAUUUCAGAGGGUGACAUUGUUAAGAGAAGGCUCAGAUCGUUAUACGGAUCCUCAGAGCUCACACGUUAAAAAGUUAUUCAACUCACGUGUGCAAAAAAAGCUCGCUUCUCUAUUUAUGGCUGACAAGGUUAAAAAUUGGGCCGAUUUGAUAUAUUUGAUGCAAACCUAUGAAUGCUUAUCCGAUUUUUACGAAUUUCUCUUCGAAAAAUUCCAAACCGAUAGAAAAUUGGGAUUAAGCAAGUUAUUUCAAUUUAUUGCUGAACAUAAGGCAAAUGUGAUUGUCGAGUUUCCUCGAGUUUUUCCAUUGAUGUACAACUCUAUCACUGACAUGAGUAACAUUUACAAUGUGAAAUUGAAGAAAGAUUUUCAAUUGGUGACCCAUUCAACACAACUUUUAAUAUUCCUAUUACGGCAUCCUAUUUUGGGAAAAUAUUUGAAUUUAUUGGCCUCAUUUUGGCCAACUAUUACGUCUAUAAGUAACACGAAAAUGAAAUACUUUUUUAAUGAAAGCGCGCAAUGCAACCCAGACAUUAUUGCUGUACUGAAUGCAAGCAUGAUGAGUGAAAAAGAAAUUGCUGAAAUAAUUCAAUAUUUAUUAUCCAAGGAUGUCGCCUACUUCAAUUCUUUUAUUCAUAUUAAUUCAAUCACAACAGACCAUUUGCUGCAGAUUCCAAGUACUAGCUUUUUCAACCCUUCCAAUUUAACACAUAUUAGAGAUGUAUGCAAAAUUGUGAAUUUACUAUGGACCAAAUUUGAACAAGAUCAAGUCAAAAUCAAGUUCCGUGACCUAUUUUGUGUUUUAUACAGCUCAACAGGUCUUUACGACCAUGUGACGGUUGUUAUGAAGUAUCACAGAAAAUUCAUGGAGAUGAUCGAAGAUAUCAUGUAUGAAAUGCUUCUUUGUGACGACUAUUUUGAUACAGUUUCACAAUUUAAAUUACGAUUGAACGACUCUUGCUCAUCACAAGCAAAAGACAUGGAGAUAUUUGGCCCCAAAGAAUUUGAUUUUACACCAACAAGUUUUUUACUUCGUAACCCCACUCGUCUCAUUGAUGCCCUUAAAAGCAAGACCAACAAACACCAACGCACUAAAUUCUUGGUCGCAUGGAAAUCGCUCAUUCAACAACUGUUACCCUCUGAAGCAAUGGAUGAGGUUUCAAAAUUAUUGACACUGCUUCAACCUAUCAAUGAUUUAGGAGGUUUCAAGAAUCAAAUGUUAACAAAUCACACGAUCUCGUCGGGAAGCACUAUGAGCAACAAAGCAGUAGCAAAUCCAUUUACAACGCAACCUUCUUUUGACUUUUCCAAAAACCCAUUUUCUAGUGGAAGCUCUCCAUUUACAUUUAAUACUUUUUCCUUCACUGCUCCAUCAUCAGCAGCUUGUGAACCACAAACGAAUGCCAAGGUUCAUGCGAGCUCAACAUCAUCAGUACGAAAGAAUGUUCAUUCAAGAACGACCCAUUGGAAAUGA